CCACAGUCUGUUUGUAUUUCCAGCCUUUUAGGGUAGCAGUCGGAUACCAGGGGUGGCCAGACCUUCCACUUCAAUGUCUCCUGCCUCCCUCCUGUGGGAUAUGAAGCUGAGAAGAUUGCACCGAGGACUCCGCAUGUCUGCGCCCUCGAGCCUGAAAUGUUACUGGGGUCACCCAACAAAAACUCCAAUAGCUACAGGCACCACUGCAGGGCAGGUUCCCUCCACCCUAGCUACAAAACAUGGCACUAUAUUGAGGUUUAGUGGGAGGGAAAGAAAGAUGACCUGACAGGACACGUAGGUAGCAGAGGAGUCCAAGCAACAAAGGAUUUACACUAGUUCCAGCCCCUCAAUGAGGAAUGGAGGAAGGAGGUUAAUUGCUGACAAUUAAUAUUAAGAGUUCAGUUAAUGAGAAAAAAACAGUACACUGAAGAUUGUAGAAGAGGCACAUAUCCACCGUCUGGGCCCACGUUUAAAGGCAUUGUUCCUUGGUACAAGAUAAAUCUUGACUUGGCUCCACGCGUAAGGUGGAACCAGUUGAUUAAUGAUAAGAAAGUGGAGCUGACCAGUUUAAUCCAAGUGAUCAAGAACUUGGCAAAUGAUUUCUUUCCAAGUGGAAAAUUAAUUGAAAUUGUGGAUAAAAGUUUGGCUCCACUGGUGGACACACUUCCUUCACCAUUUAAUGAAGAACUAAAAGGAAUUGCAGAUGUAUCAGGAGUGCCCUUAGGAGAAGUUAUGCUCUUUAAUAUCUUUUAUGAAGUAUUCACGGUGUGCACAUCCCUCGUAGCUGAAGAUAAUGCAGGGAGACUGUACCAUGCUAGAAAUCUGGACUUUGGAUUAUUCCUUGGUUGGGAUGUCAAAAAUGAGAGCUGGAAAAUUCCAGAAUACCUUCGACCUCUAACAGUUAACCUGAAUUUCCAGAGAAACAACAAAACUGUAUUUAAAUCCACUAAUUUUGCCGGAUAUGUUGGAAUGCUGACUGGCAUGAGACCUGGGACGUUUACACUUACAAUGAAUGAACGUUUCAGCAUUGAUGGAGGAUAUAUUGGCAUCAUUGAAUGGAUAUUAGGUAAAAGGGAUGGUAUAUGGAUGAGUUUCCUCACCCGAUCUGUAUUGGAGAAUGCGACCAGUUACGCACAAGCCAAGGAUCAGUUAGCCAAAACAAAAAUGCUAGCACCGGCCUAUUAUAUACUUGGAGGAAACCAGUCUGGUGAAGGUUGUGUAAUCACCCGUUCAAGGACAGCUGCUCUGGAUAUCUGGGAGCUUGACAUUAAGCAUGGCAUCUGGUAUGUGCUAGAAACAAACUAUGAUCGUUGGAAGGACCCACUGUUUCUGGAUAAUCGUAGAAUUCCUGCCAUGAAGUGCAUGAAUCAAACAACGCAAGCUAAUAUUUCUGUAGAAACUAUUUAUGAUGUUUUGUCAACAAAGCCUGUUCUCAAUAAGUUGACUACAUAUACUACCUUGAUGGAAAUCUCUGAAGGAACAUUUGAAUCAUAUUUACGUGAUUGUCCAAACCCAUGUAUGCCAUGGUAGACAUCUAUGCAAGGCAGUACUGUGGAAUUUAACAGCUGGAUCUGAAUAUGGACAAGCAGUUCAAGCUGCAUAUAUGCUUCUUACGGAGUGUAUUAAUUUCUGAUGGCACUGAAUUUCUGUAAUGUGCAAAACGAUUUAGGCUUUCAUAUUGGCUUUUGUUAUACAGAUUUUCAUGCUUAGCUAAAUAUUUGAAAUUUAAAUAUAUGGACUAAAUGUGAAAAAUUCUUGUCUAAUAGGUUAGUUCAGUAAUUUCAAACCUAGCAAGAAGCACUUUAAUGAUUAUGCUGAGCAGAAAGUUCUAUUGAUAUCCUUUUCUUACUAAUCAGCAAUUUAUUUGGCACUGGUAAAACUAAGCAUUGUUUAUUCAGAUUUCUGUUCUUAAAAUUGUCUUUAAUUGUUAAUUUGAUGUAGACAGGACCAAAAGACAAAUAUUUCAGUCCUCUUUUGACCAUACAGUGUACACUUUAGUGAAUGUUUGGAGUUUGUCAUUUUGCUAAACAACCUGCUUGGAUUCUAGUUUGUCAAACAAGUUUGUUACCAAAACACAUUAUGUACAAGAUUAGUGUGUUGUAUCUGACCAUUAAAGCUGAUGGAUAAAUCUAUUGAUUAAAACUA